GGAACGUGGAACACGGAAUACGGUCGUGUUAGAUUGGGAGGGCGCUAAAUUUGAAUUGCACUACAAAGUUUCCGCCCGUCCUGCUCUGCGUGGAAAGAAGGAGCCUAGGCCUGUCUUCGAUGGCGAUGCGAGAUGGCAGGGGAGCGGGAAUAUGUGGGCAAGAAAAGCGUGACGGGCGCCACCGACAUUCACGGCGGAAAGAGGAGCUGGACGGGCGGCGCCGGUACAAAUCCCGCGACUCUGAGAGCAGCUUCAGUUUCAUGAACGAGAUCCUCAAGAGAAGCUCCUAUCUCUUUGACUUGUCCAUCAACAGCAUUGUGGAGAAGUACAACUUUCCCUUUGAAGAUGAUAAGCUUGUCUCCAUCGAAUCACUGAUGUAUGAUACGCCUGAUGGUCCAAAAGCUUGGGGUGAAGAGUCUGAAGAAGAAAACAUAAGUGACUCAGAUAAGGCAUCCAAAAAUUUACCUGAGGAAGAACAGUCCAUGAACUCAUAUGAAGAGAAUCCAUCUGGUACAGAUUUCAAAAACAAUUCUGAGAUGUUAUCCAUUAAAAAAUAUUUGGAAAAUAUGCACCUCAAGGAAAAUAUUCAUCUUGUCCGCCAUUCUGGAGUUGAAAUGGACAUGCUAGUGAAUGACAGUGCCUACACUGCAAAUGCACAGGUUUUAAAACAAAGAUCAAAGAAUGUCCGUGAAGAAUCUUCUUUUCAAGAGCUGGUGAAUGAAUCCUUCCAUGGUUAUCAUGCUGUGGUUCCAAGGAAGCAAGGGCAUAAUGAGCAUUCUGAAUCUACGUCUUUCCAGUUAUACAACUCUACUGGUAUGGAUUCAGCAGAUGAGAUAGUUGCAUCUGGAAAUCUUUCCCUAUGGAAGAGUGAAAAAACUGGCUGUGAUAGCUUUUUGGAAACUUAUGAGUCUGCAGAUGAACAUUGUUCUUGGAAUAAUAUUACCAUAGCUGACUUGUAUCCAGAAAUGGUUAUGAAUCUUAGCCGGCUUAUGCAUAAAAUGCCCCAUAAAGCCUUUUCGCAUUAUCAUAUCAAACGGUAUGGAUACUGGCGCCCCCAAAAAACAAAGUUUAACACAGCUAUUGAGAGAGUGAGGAAAUGCAAGCCGUUAAAACACAAUUGUGUCCUGGCAAUUACAAAAGAAAAUGAGAAGUGUAAAUUGCCCAUGGAGAGAGGUGGAAGUAAUAGACUUUUAGGACAUGGCAACAAUCAAAUGCAUCAUACAUUGCUCAGUGAAUCUAGUGCAACAUCUCCUGCAUACCAUAAUGCAGAUGAAAUAAAAAUGGACUCUUCUGAUACUGAAGAUUACUCCUAUGUUGAGAGAGCUGGACAAAAUGGUACAGGGGCUACCAUUUUUCCUAACUAUCUUUCUGGAAGAAAAAUAUUUCAUCUUAAAAGUCCAUCUUGGAUCCCUUCAUCUUCAGAGCGUGCAAGAAAGGGUCAGCAUUUUGAAGAGCAUUCUGCUGAUUGGCCUGAUGAUCCAGGAAGAACAUUUGAUCUGACAGAAGGAGAUGAAACUGGGGUAGCAAAGAUUACAUCAUUCAAGGCUCCAUCGUACUUAAACUUACCUUUGAAUAGUACCACAAAUCUACAUUUGCAAGCAAACAAAUCUUCUCCAGUGAAAUCUCCAUGUAGGUUAUUCAGAAAUCAUGAGAUGAAAAUUUCCCCUAGAACUGGUUUGCUUCAGCGAAGUCAGUCUUUUUCACAGUUUCUUGUUGAUCACAGUCGCAUUAAAGUUCAGCAAAAAUCUGAAGAUGCAUUUGAAAAGAUGUACAAAGAACUUUGUUGUCCACAGUUGCAGAAAUCGUUUAAAUCUUCAAACACAUACACAAACCCAACACAGUCUGGUGACAAGUUUUUAAAAUCUAAAUUGAUUGCCUGGACAGGGUUUCAUCAGAAACAUAACAAGUCUGGAAAUAUGUAUGUUAGAUCAUGUUCUAAAGAAUUUCCAAAGAUCUCUAUAUUUCUGAGAGCUGCAAGAUUAAAGAAAUAUGAAGGAGUGCAGGUAUCAGACACUGUAAAUGCCCUAGUCAAUUCUCCUGUACGAACUCUAUCUACAGUUGCCAGAACUAAAAGAACAGCAAAUUUUUCUAAUGAAGAUUUUCUGUCUUCCCCUGUAAAAAGACUAAAAAAUAUAUCUGAGAGUCUUUCUUCUAGAGUACACCAGAAACUACCUGACUGGGAGAAUAUUAAUCUUGAUAAAAAUGGCAUGACUCUCACAUUGCAUUCUCCUACUUCAAGCAAUUGGCUUUCAAAAAAAGUAAAUUCUGGAUUCCGUGUUUCUUCAAAUCAUACCUUUGUGGUUGGACCAAGCACUUACAUGCAUGAAUCCGGGAUUGCAGAUGACUAUGAAUAUAUUCCCAAGUUGUUGCAGAGUUGUGAUGAUCUCAAAAGAAUACAAAACUGUUCAAGAGGGGUUUCCAAAAAGCUCAACUAUAAUGAAGAGAGAGUGAGAGAUGCAUAUAUGGAAGAAUUUGUACGCAAAAAAUACCAAGGAUCAUUUUCAGAAGAAUGUGGAGAUAAAAUUUCAUGAUAGAGGAGGAAGAUAUUAAAGUUACAGCCUUCCUUUUGGAAACACACUUCUGGAACCCAGUUUGCUUCUAACAGAUCCAAGAGACCAUUUUCUUGAAGAUGCAUCAGAUCUGAGGACUAUUGCAUAUAUGAAGCAAAUGUCAUUUUUGAGGACUUAAAAAUGUAUUCUUAAUGUGCGUUUAACACCAUGUUUAAUGUAUAUACUACUACUCUGCUUUGGGAAUGAGCCAUUGUUGAAAAUAAAUGAUUUGGAAAAAUCUAAAUCAUUGCUUAGCAAAUUUGGUCUUAAUGUCCUAAAUGCACAUAUCUAGUGCUUGGCACUUUUAUAUUAUAUUGCGUAAUAAACCUUUUUAUAUGGCUGUGUUCUAGAAGCUACUCAAUUAUUACAAAAAAAAUGACCAAAUGAUGCAUAAUAUAUGGUUUUGUUAAAUACAUUGUAAGUGUCCAUAUUGGUUUAUAUAAGGGCAAUGGCAUGCCUUGAUGAUAUAUAACAGUGAGUUUUAAACUUUUGCUUUCAAAAUUUCUAGCAAGAUUAAGACAUCAAGGAAAUGUCUAAAAGGUGCAACUCAGGCCAUGUUUGUUUGGCUUUAAAUAACUGUAUUUUAAAAGAAGCUACAAGGUGUUUAAUAUUGGGCAGUGUCUGAUUCCAGAAUUCUAAUUAUGAAAUGGUUAUUUACCUAGGAAUCUUCCAGAGAAAGUUCAAUAGUACCUCUGCCAAAAACUUUGAGACCAUAGUGUUAGGAGACACAGUAUUCUAUGACUCAUUUGGCUUUUAAUCAAAUCAGUCUUCAUGUUAUUUACCCUAAUAAAUUAGAAGGACUUACAAUGUUAUAAAAAUCCAUGAAUAUACAGAAAUUUCCCAUUUUUUCAAUGAUAUUUGAUUCUGACAUUUCUGUAAUCCCUUGUUCAUCAAUAUGGUAGAUCAAGUUUGGCAUUGGUUUCAACUUAAUAUUUGUCAACAUUGCUUGUGGUAUUUAUUGUUAAGAAGUUUGGGUUUGUACUUUGAAAGGUUUGUUAAAACUUCCCUCUUUGUUAAUAAGUGCAUUUAUUUUGGGUAUGAACAGGAAGGGAAAAGCCAUAAGGAUUUUCUCAAACUGAGCAUAGAGGACGACAGCUAGCAGAUGUAGAAAGUCUUAUUUGUUUGUAAAUGCUGGUUAUGUUCUUUUAAAAGUGCUUUAAACUUCUGUAGACUCUU